UGGGCGUACUGAAUAUAUUAUUGCCAUUAUUGAAAUUUCAAUCCUGGAACCCGACAACUCAAUUUCUGAUCUUCUACGAUGCUGGAGGACGCGGAAAUCAAUCACAUUUCUCUCCUCCUCGUUCAACAAGAUUCGCUAAUACCCUACCAUAAACGGUCCCAACUUUAUGACUGUCUGGACAUUAGUCACAGUCUUUAUUCAAACUGGGACAUGCGAUUUCAAAGAGGUGAACUCCAAACGUACGACUUGAACAAAAUGAUGCUUUAUGAGUGGCGAAGUUCCAAGGGAAAGGAUGCCAAUCUUCAAAAUCUAAUUGUAAAAUGCCAACAAUUAACAUUACAUGCUGCUGCAGAUUUAUUGCAAGAUAGAGGGGACGUGUCCAUAAACCAGAUUUCGUUUUCAAAUCGUAGGUCAAGUUCGAAUUCCAUGACGUCUUUGUCUGACUACUCUUCUUCUUUCCAUUCGAAACCAUCUGCACCGUGGUCACUAACAUCGAGAAACUUAGAAAUGGGUCACUUUCUCGACCAAGGGUUCUUCAGUGUCGUGUAUAAAGCGAGGUCAGGGUUUGACCAGGUGGAGUACGCCAUUAAACGCAUCUCGGUCGGGAAUUUUGUUAAUAUAAUUGACACAAAAACCCACAACAGUGGGACGCUCUACUUUGAGAAACUUUUACGAGAGGUAAAAGCAAUGGGAAAAUGUAAAAAGUGUCCGAAUAUCGUGGUUUAUCACGAUGCAUGGUUUGAAGGGUCCCGAGAGAAAGACUUUCAACCUCUCUUCCUUAAUAACCGUUUUGACGAAGAACUCUGGGAGAGGAACAAAAAUGGACAACUUUUAAUCCAUCAGGCAGACAUGGAGACGUUUCUCUGUAUUAAAAUGGAGUUGUGUGACAUGAAUUUGGAUACAUGGAUGGGAGCCAAUCCUCCACAAACAAGAUCGAUAAAAAUUUCGGAUAACAUUGUGACCCAAAUUCUGCAAGGGCUGUCUUACAUCCACUCGAUGAAUUACAUACACCGAGAUAUGAAGCCACGCAAUAUUUUGAUUAAUCUUGUCAAGACGCAGUUAGUCGUGAAAAUUGGGGACUUUGGACUUGCCCGAGAAUACAUAGGGAACGACACGAUGUACUCAAACCUGAAAGGGCUCAAUCGAGAAUUUCAAAGUCCAGAGAUGCAUCGUGGCGACAAAUAUGACCCCAAGACGGACAUUUUCUCAUUAGGAUUGAUUUAUCUAUCUUUACUUUAUGAUUUUGAAAAAGAUACGACAAAAGCUCAAAGAAUGUUUGACAACUUGCGUGCAAAUGAAGAAAAAUCAAAAAACGAACUUUUCAAAUUGCUUGAAAAGAAUUAUGAAAACGUUGCUUUUGACUUAUUGAAAUCAAUGUUGAAACGAAAUUCGGGUGAUCGUCCAAAUGCUGAAGAAGCUCUAAGUUGGCUGGAGCCGAAGUAAUUUGCGUUAAUACAUCCUUGAUAAAAGGAUGGGUUUAUUUAAAACAUUCAAAUUUUGUGUUAAAAUUAAAACUAAUGCGGAAACUAGAAUUAUUUUACCAAAUGCAACAAAUUGUCAAACUCAAUGGCUAUUUGCAGUGAUUUUGGCCCAAUGUAUAGGAUUUUGGGUGAAAAAUAAAAUUUCUUAAAAUCAA